GGCUACAUCGAACUUUCAGCGCUUUAUUCUCUACAGGAGUUUAGAAUGAGGAACAACAGCAUUUGAAGCUCAAAUUGACGCGAUCAGUAUUUCCAAAAUCGUAAAGGAUUGAAAAUGUGCCUCCAGAAGAGAGUGAUGGUGCUUCUUGCAUUGGUGUGGAUGUGGAAUAUCGCGUUCUGCGCAAGAAAGCCUAGUGCACGGAAGUCAGAGAGGUUGAGUCCACCGCUGGACAUCCAGCUGGAGACGGUGAACUGCACUGCAUUCAGUGUCCGGUGGAAGAUGCCCCGCAGACACGUCAGCACUAUCACUGGAUACAAGGUGUUUUACACGGAGAUGAGGAAUAACCGGCCGUCCAGCAAUGCUGUUGUCCUGGAAGUCCCAUUGAGUUUAGAAAUGCUCACAACUGGGCAGUUUGAUGGUCAAGCGAGCUUUGAUGUGGUGAUCGGGAAGCUGAAGGUGGCCACGCAGUACCGUGUCAGUGUGGGUGCGUACGGCUGGGCAGGGGAGGGCAGACCCAGCAUGCCCCGGGACAUCAGCACUGGCUCUCACGAAAAGUGCAUGCCUCCUACACCUCCUACCCAGCCUAAAGUGGUCGCCGUGUCGGACACAGAACUGGCCCUGUCAUGGCAACAUGGAGAAAGUGAAGGAAGUGCACCUGUGCUAUACUUCCUGGUGGCUUAUAUCAGGCCGGAGAUGGACACUGAGUGGACGUACAUCAGAGAGCCAAUAGAGUCGAACUCUAUGGUGCUCAAGGGUCUGAUGCCUGACACGGAGUACCAGUUUGUCAUCAGAGCCGUGAACGCACAUGGGAUCAGUCCUCCCAGUGCCAUUAACAACCCCGUGCGCACACUCGGUUCAAUGGAUGUAGGCAGUGGAGACUCUGACGUCUACAUCUCAAACUCUGACAGGAAAGAUGAGUUUGAAAUCGAUGACUCGGACUAUGACGUCUUCGUUGAGGAGAUUAAGAUUCCUAACAGUAAGAAAAGUGGCAGGCGGUCUCAGCUACGCUCCCGCAUCGGGACUCCCGGUAACGGAAAUGUUAUUUAUAGGAUGCGUACACCUGCUUCCCAAAAUAUCUCAUCAACAACAACUAUAACCAUGACAACGGUCGCUAGCUCCGCCUCCAGGACAACCACCACACCGGUUAUACUGACAGGCGCCGCUCCUACUACGCCUCCUCCUGCGGUGCCAUCUCCCAGCCCGUCAAUGACACCGUGGAAAGGGGAAAGACCACGGGUCUACGACGUGUCAUGUGACGAGACGGUCUGCCCUCCUGACAGCUUCUGCAUCAAUGAUUACGAUACCGGCGGCUCUCGAUGUCACUGCAACCUCGGUCGCCAGGGAGAACUCUGCUCAGAAGGUCUGAUGGUAAAUUUCCCGAAGUUCUAUGGCUAUUCUCACAUGACGUUUGAACCCCUUAAAAACUCGUACCAGGGCUUCCAGAUCAGCCUGGAGUUUAAGGCAGAGGCUGAGGAUGGAUUGCUGUUGUAUUGUGGAGAGAAUGAACAUGGUCGAGGAGAUUUCACCUCCCUGGCCCUCGUACGGGGGAAACUACACUACAGGUUUAACUGCGGUACGGGGGCGGCGCAGAUCGUGAGUGACAGCUCCAUUGUGAUUGGUCGGUGGCACACUGUCACAAUAUUUCGAGACGGCAUGAAUGGCUGGCUACGAUUAGAUAACGACACACCGGUAUCAGGCCGUUCUCAGGGUCAGUACACUAAAAUAACAUUCCGCACGCCUUUGUUUUUGGGUGGUGCUCCGAAUGGCUAUUGGCUGGUGAGGGCAGUGGGGACCAAUCGUGGGUUUCAGGGCUGCAUGCAGAGUCUGACGGUCAACAGUAAAGCCUCUGACAUCCGACCCUGGCCUAAAGGAAAUGCACUGAGCGGAGCAGACAUUGGCGAGUGCAGCAACAGUGUGUGUGAGAAGGUCACCUGUGCUAAUGGAGGAAUCUGCUUUGCCAACCGAGCCGAUGGCUUCAUCUGCCUGUGCCCUCUGGGCUAUAAGGGCUUCCUCUGUGAGGAGAGUUUCCUGUUGUCUCUACCCCAGUUUAACGAGAGCAUGUUCUCGUACGCCAGCGCCCCCUGGCCUCAGCCCUCCCACAACUACCUGUCCUUCAUGGAGUUUGAGGUGACCUUCCAGCCGACCAAUCCCGACGGCACGCUCCUCUACACCGAUGAUGCCGCCAGCCGGGACUUCCUGUCAGUCAGCCUGGUGGACGGAUAUGUGGAGUUUCGCUUCGACUGCGGCUCGGGUGCCAGUGUUAUCAGGAGUGAAGAGGCCGUCACUUUGGAUGUGUGGCAUGAGUUGCGUGUGUCUCGAACAGCAAAAAAUGGCAUUCUACAGGUAGACAACCAGAGACCAGUGGAAGGCAUGGCAGAGGGUGCAUUUACACAGAUAAAGUGUAGUUCUCCUCUGUAUAUUGGAGGAGUUCCUAAUUAUGAUAUUACUAAGACGAGCGCUGGCGUCCUGAGACCCUUCAGUGGAACGGUUCAGAAGAUCUCUCUGAAUGACCGCAGUAUAGAGCUGAAUCCAGGUCAGGCUUUUGGGGUGAACGUGUUGAACGCAGCUCACCCAUGUGUGGAGAACCCGUGUGCUAAUGGGGGAACAUGCAGACCCAAGUGGGACGGAUACGACUGUGACUGUGCGCUUGGGUAUGAUGGGAAACACUGCCAGAAAGAAUGUGGGAAUUAUUGCUUAAACACUGUUACUGAAUCAAUAGAGAUCCCUCAGUUCACUGGACGCAGCUAUCUGACAUAUGACAACAGAGAUAUCCUCAAAAGGAUAUCAGGUUCCAGAACAAACAUGUUCAUGCGUUUUAAGAGCACGUCCAAAGACGGUCUUUUACUAUGGCGGGGGGACAGUCCAAUGAGAGCCAACAGUGACUACCUGUCUCUCGGCCUUCAAGACGGAGCGCUCAUUUUCAGUUAUAAUCUUGGUAGUGGAGCCGCCACUGUGGUCGUUAAUGGCACAUUUAGUGAUGGGAAAUGGCACAGAGUGAAGGCUGUCAGGGAUGGCCAGUCUGGUAAACUAACUGUCGAUGAUUACGGAGCUAAAACGGGCAGAUCUCCGGGUAAGAUGAGACAGCUCAACAUCAACGGUGACCUUUACAUUGGUGGGAUGAAGGAGAUUGCGUUGCACACUAACAGGCAGUACAUGCGAGGUUUAGUGGGAUGCAUUUCUCAUUUCACUCUCGCCACGGACUACCAUCUGUCUCUGGUGGACGAUGCAGCUGACGGCAAGAACAUCAACACCUGCACCAACUGAACAC